AUGCGUAUCUUACUAACUGGCCCUAUAAAAAGUCCACAAUUGAACAAUCGCGAAGAAAUUCUUGUUUUUUAUUUUCCGAAUUUCGUUUUCUUACUUUGGAUACUUUACUUCUUUUUUCGCCGUUUUCUUCGCAGUUUUUGGUGCCAGAAAAUCUUAAUUUUUUUGUAUGUCGACUGGGCACUCCGGAAAAACGCAACUGAGAAUGAGGAAGGAAAAAGUUCUGGAACAACGGAAGUGUUAAGUUCGCGGAUUUCGAAAAAAAUUUCCAGUCGAUCAACUUGUGACAGAGUUACUUCGAAGCAACAAUCAACAUCAUCUUCGGCUCAUCCUAAACGACUGAGGCAAAAAUGGACAAAACGAGAAGCUCCGAUGCCGUUUCAGCCAGUUCGACAACAGCGGAAGAGAAUAAUAUAA